AUGAGGGAUGCGAUUAAUUCUUUAAUUAACUUUACUAUUUAAGAGUCUGAAUUGCAUAAAGAAUUUGCUCUUCAAACAAAGACAAAUAUUGUAGAGGUCCUGGAUGAGACUCGUAAAAACCUCUCUUUGAAUAAGAAAAAUUGGAUGGCUAAAUUAGAGCAGUUAAAACGCUAGAUAAGAGAGUCAAAUGAAGUCUAUAAGAGGGAAUAUCUUAAGUAUCAAUAGCAAAAUUUAGUUGUGGAGGACUGCAAAAGAAAGCGUAAUGAGUAGUAUUUGAAGUACGGACUAAAUAUAGACGAUUAAAUAGCAUUUGAAAAUAUGCCUAAGCCUAUUUAACUGGCCGAGUAAAGAUACAAUGAAGCUUUAGCUAAGUUUAAUGACAUUAAAAAGAGCACUCAAAUUUAGUAAGAGUAUACAGAGAGAUGCGUCUCCGACUUCAACAAAGGUUCAUCUGAUAUACUUGAGUAAAUAGAAAAGCAAGAAUAUUAAAGACUUGAUGUCCUCAAGCAAAAUCUAUAAAGCUUUUCAGUGCAAAUUGUCAGUCUAUUGCAAUAGCAUGAAAGUUUGCAUAAACUGAUUGAUCUUGAAUUUUCAAAUGUAGAUCCCAUGAAAGAUAUUCAGUUAUUCAUUCAAAAAAAUUCUACUUUUGCCAAAAAUGAAAGGCUAAAAAAUCUAUACAAGGAAAUGGGACUCUAUUAGCAAAUAAACGAAGAAUAAUCUACAUAAACCAUUGAUAAGAAUAAGUUGCAUGUGGGUGAAGGUUUAUUAGUUGAGAAGACCUCAAGAGCCAUGGCAUAAAGACUAAAGCAAAUGGAAGAAGAUCGUAAAAGAAAAGCUAUUGAAGAUGAAAACAGCAAGAAAGAGUAAUUAAAGCUUAAGAAAUGCUAAAAUGUGGUUAACAUAAUGAAGGAUACUAGGGAGUUACUCUAUAAAAUAGGAAAUUAAGCUUUGAAAUAUCAAAGUAUUGAUAAUUUAUACUAAGCAAGACCAGGAGUCACUGGUGAGUUCAAAAUUGGCAACAAAAAUACAAUCGAACAAUUAUCUUAUUUACUACUGUUAGUGUAUAAGCCGAUUUCAACUAAUAAUUUGUAACCCAAAUUCAACAUUACCGAAGAAAUAGCAAGCUAUUUAGAUCCUAUUAUUAAGAAUUUAAGUUCUAACAAGCAAUCCGAUUUAUUCUAAAUUCUUCAUAGAAUUUUUGAACACUAUAGAUAACUCGAAACUAAUUCUGGAGGAAAGUAUUUUGAAAAUCAAAUAAGCUCAAAAGAAAAAGAAUUUUACAAAUCCUUGAUGGGUUUCAGUUGGACUUGGAUAAGACUUAUAGUCUUGAAACAUUCAGCAUAUAAUGUCGAAUAAUAUGAGAAAGAAUUAUCAUCGUUUAUAGAUUAAGUUGAGCUAGAACAUCAUUAAUCUUCUUAAUGUACAUUAGAGGCUAUUGAUUUUACAUUUAAUGCGAUGAAGUAUGUUCAAAAAAUUUCAAAGAAAGACUCUUUCAAUCUCUGUUUCCCUUUAAACUAUCUUCUCCAUUAAAACAUUAUUCCCCUAUACAUGGAUGAUGGGAAGAAUAAGAACUCUAAACUAGGAAUAUCAUUCUAAGAUUAUUACCUUAAUUUAUAAGGAUUCACUGAAAAAAUUCUGGGGAACAAAGCCUUAUAUUCGUUGAAGUACUUAAUUCAAAAACUUACAAAAGAGCAUCCAUCUUCAGUAAGUCACAGAAUUAUUUCAGUAGAGCUUAUCAAAGACAAACAAAUCGAAGAACCUCUUAAUUACUUCUCAUCGUCAAAUAAGGAACCUGCCAAACUUUUGUCUAUCAUCAAUAAUUGCUGGCUAAUGAGUGACCUUUGUAAAGAUCUCUUUAAAAUCCUUGAAAAUUAUGAUAAUAAUUUUGGAGAAUGCUUCAACAAGUUGAGACUUAUCUUAGAUUUUGCAAGUAUCUGCUUUAGGUAAAGUUUUGUAUUUGUAAGUGAUGGUUCAUUCCAAUAAAGAUUAAAAACUGAGGUUAUACUAAAAGCUGGAGAGAGAAAAGCUUUGAAAAUAAUGGAUGAAGAAGAAUUUUAAGCUCCAUUUAGUCUAUCUAGAAAGUCCUAAGUGGGAGAAUAGCAGUUAUCUAAAAGUCACAUCAUAGAUGUUUUAGAUAGAUUCUCAACUGAAUUAAAGAAAGAGGAAGCUAUUUAUCAAAAGGUAUGGGAUUCACAUUUACAAUUCCUAAAUGAUGGGGAUCAUUCAAAUAAAAAUGGUUAGGAAAGUGCUAUUUAUUUUUUUGGAUAGAAAAUGGCUUAAAUUAUAGAAGAAGAUCUUGGAUUAAAGUUAGAAGACUUAGAUUUCGAUAAAGAUCCCCAUUAAAUGGUUGGUCAAAUCGUUAGUUCGCUGUAAAAUUUUGAUCUUGUUUCAAAAAGAAAGACAUUGAAUGUGAUAAGACCAAAAUUAGAAUCUUGGUUGUAAAACAAGCUAGUUAGUAUUAGAGAACUUGUUGCAAAGACUAUGUCAUUUGAAAAUUGGCUUCCUGCAUCUGAGAAUGUGAACUUCAGUGAAUCAGUAGUGAAUGUUUUCUAUGUAUUAAAUGAAAAUCUUGAAAAUCUAUAUGAAUUUUUGGGUAAAGAAAUAUUCCUUAGAUGGUCGAAAUAGGGGAAGAAGGCAGGAACUUUUGCGAUUUCUAAAAAGAGUAACCAAGUUGAAUACACUCCUGCAAUGUUCAAUCAAUUAGCAGGAAUGGGAAAUAAAAAUUUUGCUGCUUCUAAUGAUUAAAGCAUCUCACUUUAAAAACUAUUAGUCAGAUUAGCUAACAUUGAUUAUAUUCAUGAGAGAAUCGAAGACCUCAGAGUUAGAUUUUUCAGUCUGAGUCAUCCUGAAGUAAGUCUUGAAACUGAGACUCAAAACUUUAAAAAUGCUGUGGAAAUUCUUCAUGAGUCAGCAAAAGUAAGAACUUUUCUUUUAGUAAUUCAUUAGUCAAUCGUAAUGUAUAUUGCUUACAAGAUGGUCUACAUAGAUUUUAAUGAUGUGAUAUUUUACAAUCUAUAUAUCGGCAAAGGGCAAGAAAAACUGUAUAUCAAAAGACUCCUCCAAGAUACUUCAAAGAAACUCUCUAAUGUCUCCACUCAACUUUAAUUGAUUGGCCGUGAAGUUGGAUUAAACAGAUUAGAAUGCGAAUAAGCCUGUGAAGUAGUCUAUAGAUUCCUAUAAUACAUGAGAGAAGAUGAUUAAAUGAUGAUCGGACUUUUCAAAUCAAUUGAUACUGAUGUCCAAAGGAACAAGGAAAUGAUAAGUAGAGUUCUGUAUAGAAGGUAGACAAAAGAUGUUGAUAAAUUCUUUGAUGACUACAAAACCCUCUUUGGAAAAUGA